AUGGCUGCACGUUUGGCAGCGGUAGCUGCAGGCGGUGGCAACACGCAGGAAGAGAUCCAGAGGAUGUUGGCAACGGAGAGGAACCCUGCAGCGAAGCACGUGCUGGGCAUGCUUAGCAGUCAGAGCCCUCUACUUCAACUUGGCACGCAGGAUCCUGCGUCGCAGCAGCAAGUUGAAGAGGCCUUUGCAGUUGGACCAAAAGUCGUGGAGGAAGAUGAUGAACUCGAGGAGGCCAUGCGUUUGAGCCUGCGCCUGGCUUGUCGCGCCAAGCUCCUUCGGAAGGAGGUAGACGCAAUUGACUUGGAUUACCUGCAGCGUUGCACGGAGAACUUCGCAGAGCAUCGACUGCUGGGGGAGGGAGGCCACGGCAAGGUCUACAAGGCAGUUGACAAAGACGAGCACCUCGAGUUUGCCGCCAAGUGCUUGGUGUGCGAGAAUGAGGAAGAGCGCCAAAUGAUGAACCGCAUGACGGAGGCAGAGAUCACCACACUCACUGCCUUCACACACCCGAACAUCAUCCGCUUGCUCGGCUACUGCAAGACCGAGGACACUGCGGUUUGCUCUACGAGUACCAGCCCGGAGGAAGUGUGGAGACCCAUUUGGACGAAAAGGAGCGCGCAGAAGAUCUCACCUGGACAUUGCGAGCCAAUAUAG